AUGAGUAUCAACUACCAGCCAUCAACAGGCGUCCCAAGUGGCCAUCUCGCAAAGGUACAGCGCUGCUGGGUAUGGAAGAAGCUGAAUUCCCAGAAGCUUGCCCUCCUCGAGAAGGACUACGACGAUGUCGCUGCUGAAACAGUCGAAGAUGGCAAUGAGGAAGAAGAUGGUGACGAAAUGUAA